AUGGCGGAACCACCUGAGGAACCUGAGAGGAUCUACGAGCUCGUCUCGUUAGAAGGUCAGACUUUUGAGAUCACGGAGGCGGCGUUGAAUCAGUCGAAAGUUCUGCGAAGAUCUGCGGCUUUCAAUAACGGGGAACCGAUCCCGAUUCCAUAUGAAGACGUGACCGCCGACAUGCUCCAGCUGGUCAUCACCUACUGCGAGAAUCACCGAGACGAACCAGUGGAUGACGAAGUGGAAACCGACCCAAGACCUGGAGACAUGUCGCCGGAAGACUUGGAGUAUCUCGCGUCGAUUGAUGAUAGGAACCUGGCAAAACUGAUCCGCGUCGCAAAUUUCCUCGACAUUUUCGGACUUCUUGACAUCUGCUGCAAACACGUCGCUUCGUUCGGAAAUGGACUCAAUUCGGCGGAGAUGAAAAUCGUUUACGGACUUUGA